GGCGACUGCUGCCAAGUGGUGAACGGGUCCGUGAACGAAAGAAACUGCUCUGCUGCUGUGUGUGCUAGGUCUCUCGUCGGGCGUAGGCGAGCGAGAGAGAAAGAAAAAUUCCGUGCGACGACCGUGUGGUGGCGCAGCAGAAAAUCACUGAGUGCUGACAUGGCGUCCUAGCGAGAAGUUCGCCCCCAUCGUUUGGAAUACACACACAAAUCCGUCUCAAGAAUGUCAAGAUCGAGGGGAAGAAGAACGUGAUAUCGUGGCCGAUGAAGGCGAUAAGACGAAUACGAGUAAAAAUUAGAAAUUCAUCGAGGAAAACGAUAAACGACGAGGUGGUGGCGUUGACAGCAACACUGGCAAAAAAGGUCCUUCACUAGGUCUGAUGUUAGCGGAUAUUAACGGGAACCUGGCGGAUCUGAGAAGCGAAGCGAUGGCAUCGCAGAGGUUUUGUCUGCGCUGGAACAACCAUCAAAGCAAUUUGCUUUCUGUUUUUGAUCAAUUGCUUCAUGACGAAGCUUUUGUCGAUGUUACGCUGGCGGUCGAAGGCCAACUACUCAGGGCACACAAAAUGGUUCUGUCGGCGUGUAGUCCUUAUUUUCAGGCCUUGUUCGUUGGACACCCCGACAAGCAUCCAAUAGUCAUUCUAAAGGAUGUCCCCUAUGUGGAUAUGAGAAGCCUCUUAGACUUUAUGUAUCGAGGUGAAGUUAGUGUCGAUCAGGAUAGGUUGACGGCAUUUUUAAGGGUCGCCGAAUCCCUGCGAAUAAAGGGUCUCACUGAAGUUAACGAGGACAAAUGUGAUUUGCCAAGUAUCACGUCGUCGUUGCUCAGCAAUCAAAACACAGUACCUCCACCACCACCGAAUUUACAUAGAAUAAACCAAAUUGGCUCACAUCAUCAUAUCUCGCAAAAGAGGUUCCAUCAUAUGUCGAGCCAUCCAUUAUUGGGCUCGGCGUUGACAGCACCAAAGAGAAAGAGGGGCCGACCAAGGAAGCUGAGCGGCUCAUCGGACACACCACUUGAAUCAAUGGGACAGGAUCAUCACAGCAGUUCUGAAUUGGUACAGGGCUCGCCUGAAAUGAUGGAAAUGAAAAUGGGCCUCGAUUUUCAGGGCGAUGUCUCGGCCAGUGGAGCCGGCAGCAAUGGCAGCACCAAUAAUGGAGCGACCUCAACACCCAACAGUGCCAAUUUAGCAGCCUUGUCAAGACAGGACGAACCCACGGAAAAUGGCACUGACAUUCCGGACUCGAUCACAAAAAGAAUCAAACGAGAACCUGAACCGACUCCCAGUACAUCGGCGCAGGCAACGGAGGAGACUUUUGCGCGUCCACAGAGUAGACAAGGAAGUGAAGGGUUCAAGCAAGACUUUGCAUCAUCGCAGAGCAGCAACAGCAGUAAAUCGGACAUGAGUGAAUCGUGGAAGGAGAAAUCGCGAAAUUUAAGUACACCACCUUCAUCGCAAUCAUCGCCUGAUUUAACAAAGACUCCAACCACAAUAUCAGCGUCAAAUAAUAAUGCACCGUCCACAUCAUCAUCGACGAAUACAACAAAUACAUCGUCGACGAGAACAUCGUCAUCGCCCGCUACUGGCAGGGCAAACACUCCCAAUAGUCCAGCGGCACAAAAUUCACCAGGUGCAGGAACAAUGUCAGCGCCACAAAGUCGUCAAGUUGCAAAAAGACGAAUGAGACGACGUGCCACAUCACAAUCACAGGAUCCAGCUGAACAACUCACUGAAAUGUCCGUUAGAGGUUUGAACCUCUUCCGUUAUGCUUCCAUAUCCGAGGGCGUUUAUCAAUGCACUGAGUGCGCUAAAGUUGAUAUACAAAAGACCUUUAAAAAUAAAUACAGCUUCCAGAGACACGCGUUCCUUUAUCAUGAGGGCCAUCAACGAAAAGUCUUUCCAUGUCCAAUUUGUGGUAAAGAAUUCUCGCGGCCUGACAAAAUGAAAAAUCACAUGAAAACCGUGCAUGAUUAUUUUUUGUCCAAAGACUGCGUAAUGCCAUUUGGUUUAUUUCUCCCACCUUAGCAAGUGUCGCGAAAAAAUCCGAUUAAAAUUGGUCACAGUUGAGCAAAGAUUUCGCGGUGGACAAAUAUUUGACAGAGAAUUGCGAGAUCAAAAGAAAAUAAAAUAAAACAAAUUUGCUCGAAUUUAAGGAUAAAAACGUCAAAACACAAUUCAUGAUAUUUUAUCAAGUAUUUUUUUCCAUCGAUUUGGACUUCAGAGAUCAUUUUUCAAAAGAUUUUUUUUCCUUUAAAUUUCUUUUGAUAUUUACAUAAUUUAAAAAUAGAAAAGCAAAUUUUUCAAUUAAUAUCUAUUUAUAAGUUAAUUAAAAAAAAAGAGAGAAUUUCUUUUUCAAGGAGAAGAGAAAUUAUUCCUCUCUGAAGUAAAAAUAUUUUAACACUUUAAUCUCACUUUCUCUCUCUCUCUCUCUCUCAUUUAAUAAGUAUCAUGCAAUUCACUGAUUUCAUUUAGUUACCACCAGCUUCUAAAUAAUUACUGCACAAUUACAAUAAUUAUUUGAUUUGCAAUUUUAACGUGGAUCAAUAAUUGCAACCCAAGUCCCCGCGAUAUCUUUUUUUUUAAUUAAUAAAUAAUAAUUGACAUGCUAAAAUUUACUGCAUGCUUAAAUUUUACACAUAUCAUUAAAAAAAAAAAAAAAUUGACAUUUCUUCUUAAUCAAACAAGGAAAGUAAAAUUCAAAGUAAAAAAAAAAACAUUAUUACAAAAUUUUGUGUAAAAAAAAAAAAACAUUUUUCGUGCAAUUUAAAAUUGUGAAAAAUUUUAUAUAAUUUUUCAUAACGCAUUUUAUUAUAAAAAUUUUUUUUUGAAAGAAAAAGAAAUUAUAUCUGUGAUUCAAUAAGUGUAAAUUACCUCUGUGCCUUAGAAAGCUCGAGAGUUUGGUAAAAAUGGAAAUUCCAUUUUUCAACAAAUGAUUUGAUGAAAAAGAAAAUUUUUUAUAUAUCUAAUUAUUAAUUAUACAGAAGGAUGUGAAUGAAAAGUUUAGAAAAAAAAAAUAUUUCUAGUAUUAAUACAAGAUCGAUCAUUCGCGUUUAAAAAACGUAUUCUCGCAUUUUUAGUAACUUUUACAUAAUGAUGAUUUAUUAUUAAUUAUGAAAUUCUAUUCAAUAAAUGAAAAUUCUAUUAAAUAAUUAUGAAAAAUACUAUUAAAGAAUUUAAAAGUAUUUUUGAAAAUAAUUUAUAUCAUUGUGAAAAAAUUUUUAUCAUUUACUUUUUGAAUGAGAGAAUCACUUUUUUUUUUUUGAAAAAUUUUACUUCAAAACAAAAUCUUUUCGUUAUGGAACAAUUCUUAUAAAAAAUAAAUAUUAAUAUUCAAAUAAAAUAUAAAUAUUAAUUUGAAAAAAAAAAAUAAUGCAUAUACUUGCAAAAAUUCGGAGAGAUAAAUUUUUGUUUGCACUUACACUUCACCAAUCAAAAAUUUAAAUUCUCAAUUUUUAAAUUGAUAAUUUAACGCAAAUUUUAAAGUUUUGGUAAUUAACAAAAAAAAAUGCGGGCAUUUUCCUCAUUAUUGUUUUUGUUCUUUCUUAAAAGUUAGUUAUUCUAAUAAAAAAAAAAUAAUCAAUUUAUGAUCUUAAUAUUCUUUAUUAAAUAUUUAUUAAUAUUAUUAAUCUACAAAUUUUCUAUUCUAUUAAUUAGUUACUAUUUUCGUUCGUGGGAGAUUUGUAAAAUUUUCAUCUCUUUGAAUGCCAAAUUGAUUAUUAAAUAUAAAUAUUAAAUUUUUAAUUUUAAAAAUAUAAAAAUAUAUUUUAUUUUAAUUAUACAAAUAAAUAUUUGUAGUUUAUCACGAUUGGUGAAGUGAUGUGUUCAUAUAUCUUUAAGAAUAAAUCGUUACUAAGAGUCAAAAUAAAAGUUAAUAUAAUUUUAUAUUUUUUAAUAAAAAUUUUGAUAAUUAUUACUAAUAAAAAUAAUAACAAUAAUUAUUAUUAAUAAUUUUUAUCGCAUUAUGAAAUAUAAAAAAUAAAAAAUUACGUUAAUUUUUCUUUUUAUUCAAUUCUUUAUUAAUAAAGCCAAACGAGUGAUGAAAAAAAAUCAUACUUUUCGAAGUCUUCCAAUUUUUCUUGAAUUUUAUUGAUUUACUGUAGUAAAGCCCGAUUAAGAAGAAUAUUUAGAAACAUUUUCUGAAAAAAAAAAAAAAAAAAUUAUUUUUCCACAAGAUACGUAGGGAUGGAAUUAGAUAGUAAAUAGUUGAAGAGAAAAAAAACAUGCACUACAAUAACGGGAUUUAUUGCUUAGCAAAAAUCUGUUAUGUGUAUAAGUCUCCGAAGUGUAUUAUAGAUUUAUUCAUUACUAAUUAUUAUAUUAUAUUAUAUAUUAUAUUAUAAUAUUAUUAUUAUUUUUAUUAUAUUAUAAUUAUUAUUAUUAUUGAGUAUUUACAGUGCAUCAUUACUGGAACAUUAUUAUUAAUAUUAUAUUAUUUUAUUAUAAUUAUAAUUAUAAUUACUACUGCUACUACUAUUACAACUACUAAUCGGUUCCCAUGAACAUUAUAUAUUAAAAAAAAUUUUUUUUUGCUAUGGUACCAGAAAUGAUACAAAUAGUAGUAAACAUUAUUAAAUAUUAUUAUUAAUAUUAUUAAUUAUUAAUUAUUAAUUAUUAAUUAAAUGCACAAACGCACGCACACGUUAGAGAAAGAAGAUUUUGCGAAAAGAGAUAGAGUUUAUAUUCUAUUUCUUUAUACCAGAUGUUGGUUUAUUUUAUUUUUUUUUUUUAUUUUUUUUUCUCUUUUUUGGUAAGAGUAUGAUUAAUAUUUUUUCAUUCGUUUAUACAAAUCUUAGAGUUCUAUUUAGAUGACACGUUAUUAUUGAGAGCCCAUUUUUCGGUGUUGGGAAGCACAUUUAGCUAAAAGUUAUAUUUGUAAUAGCAGAUUGAAUAUUUAGAAAUUAAGAAUAGUAUUUGUCGAACGAUGUGUGUGAUUGUGUUAUAAAAAACAAAAGUCCAUUGCGUUUUCAUUUUUUCUAUUUUUUUUUAUUAUUAAAAAAAAAAACAAAUGAUCUGAUAUGACCUUUUUUUUGUGAGAAAAGUAAAAAAAAAAAAAACAAUUUUUAUUGGACUUUCGAUGGUAAUCUAAAGCUUUUUACUUUCUUCUCAAUCUUUCUAUAUAUUUUGCAAAGACUUUUUGAUAAAUAUCUAGGCAAUAUUUUUGUUUUGUUUAUCCACCCUAUUUGCAUUCGUUGCGUGCUUUCGUGCGCUAAUUUAAAACCGAAAGCAGUAUUGGUCUUCCGCAUCGACAUACUUAAGCGAGAUAGUUUAUAUAUAUAUGUGCGUGUGUGUUUGUUUGUUUUGUAUGGCUCGAAUGUGUUUAUAGAGAUAUUUAAUGAAACUACAGAUUUAUAUAUAUAUAUAUAAUUAUAUUAAAGAAAAAGAAAAUAUUUGGCCGGAAAAAAAGGAUAUGUGAACUCGCGUGUAUAAAUGUAUGUGCUCUUUAUGAAUUGCUCGAUUAUGCGAGCAUCUAUCAUUAUUUCCACGCCACUGAUGCAGUUUAUUUCAAAUUUUGUCUUAUUUAUAUUCAGAAAUUAGAAUUGUUGGGAAAAAAAAUAAUUAUAUUUGAAAAUAACAUUUUUCUAACAAAUUAUAUUUAUUGAAAUAAAUAAUGUUAAAAAUUACAAAUUUGGAUAAUAUUUCAUUAUAAAAGAAAAGUGAAAAAGAAAUUAAAAAAAAAAAAAUUUAAAAACUGCGUCAGUUGUGGGAAAUUUGUUGAAUUUCUCAAGUUUAUUGCUGAAAAAUCGAAAGUAGGCUGAGGAUUUUUUCUUCUUUCCUUUUUCUUUUUUAACAAUAAUUAAUUGAUAACACAAUACGUUAUUAUUACGUUUUUAGUUACUAUAAUUAAACUUAGACAUGCUAUUUGUAAUAGAUGUAUAACUAUUGACGAAUAACGUUUAUUAUAUUUUUACUUUUAACAAAAAAAAAAAAUAAUAAUAAUAAUAUUCGGGUAGUAGUUUUGAUGUUCUCGAUAAUGAGAAUACAAAAUAUAAAAGAGUAAUUUCAUAUUUUAAGAAAAGCAAGAAAGUUAUAUAGACAAAGCAUGUUUUCUUUUCCUUUGCCUAAAUGUUUUAAUUUUAGUUUUUGGAUAAUGUAUAACGCUUGUAUAAAUAUUAUAAAAUACAUUGAAAUUAUAUUUGUUAUAAGAAAAUAAUAAUAAAUAUUAUUAAUAAAAUAAUAAAUAAGCAAUGUAUUUUAUAAUAUUGUAUUAAAUAAUACAAUAUACAAUGUUUCGAAUACUCGAGUAAUAAUAGUAUUAUCUAUGAUGACGCGAAUAAAAUUCGCAUUUUUGACUAGAUCACGGAGAAAAAAAAAAAAAAAAUGUUAAAUUAUAAAAGUUAGCCUAAAAGGAAAGGGAGAAGGAAAAGAAGACAAGAUUAUUUUACGUCAAAGACAUAUUAUAUUAUUAAUAUUAUUAGUGAUUAAAAUUGUCAAAGAACAGAUGAAAAUACUGAACGGAUGCUUGUAAAAAAGUAAAUGGAAAGAGAGAAAGAUGAUUGGAAAAAAGUAAAAAGUUUUAAGCAAUUAGAGAGUUACAAGAGAAAAUAUAUUAUAUAUUAUUAUAUAUUAAAAAAAAAAUGUAUAUUAUAUAUUAUGUUAUAUUGUACAUCUGCCCAUUGUGGUGUUGAUGAACCUUGAAAAAAAAGUCUUUAACAUUACUAUUUACACGAUAUAAAAAAAAAAAAAACAAAAAAACAAAAAAAAAACAUGCACGCGGUUGUAGCAUAUAAAGCUAAUAUUGUUCGCACAAAAAAAAAAUACUAUUUUGUCGUCGUUAUCGUCGGUCGACUAAUGUGUGUAAGUGUACCUAUAACUUGGUGCCUGGUGGGCAAUACAGCUUACGAAGAAAAAUUUAUUAUUAUUAUUAUUAUUAUAUUAUUAUAUUAUAUUAUUAUUUUUAUUUGUUUUUAUCUAAUUGUAGUUUCUUUGUAACUCUUUGUGAUAUACAUUGCAAUAGUCUACGACCGAACGUUUCUUGUAUUGACGACCACAUCCUUCAUUAAAUAAAAAAAAAAAAUAUAUAAUAUAUAUACGUACGUGUAUCUCGAUACAUUGUAUGUGUAUAUUUAUGUGUAUGUAUAAAUAGAAAUUUUAAUUUGA